AUUCACUAUAUCUGGUCUCCCACAGUACACAGAACAUGGAAAUGCAAUUAUUUAAGUAAAUAUAAACUGCUAAAUACCUUUUCUCAUCUGCAGUUUUCAGAGCACUGGUUAAAGCUUGUAGGGGGAGGUUUCUUUUAGCUCUAGGAGGAUUCAGAACCCCUGACCUUCUGUCUGGCAGUGCUGAUUGCCUCUGUGUUGAUCACAUGCACUAUCCCAAGAAAAAAAAAACAUUUCUAGCAAUACACACCAAACUGAAACAUGUGCAGAGUGUGUCCACACCAUAUGUCUUAUCAGGAGAUAAGAUGGGGGCACUGGAAGAAGGGGAGGAUCAAGAAGAUAGGAUCAAGCAACGUUUUUACACAAUGCAGAGGAUUAAUCCCUUAGUGUCCACAGUGAGUAUAUCAAGCAUGCUUUACUGCAUAUACAGAAUGAUUUUACUGUUGUGGGUUUAG